AUGCUUGCCUCUGUCGCUAUCCAAACACAGGGAGUCCCAUCAAGAGAAUCUAUAGACAGAGCGAAAACAUCUCUCGAAGAGAUGCUCUGUGUGGAGACUGCGGUGCCUUACCUCGGGUUGCAAGAUAAUCUCCCACGCGUACAACAGGAACGGAAGAAGCUGGAAGAUGCUCUGGAUAGAGCAUUAAGUGUAACAUCAUCGGAAUCCACGGGGAGACAAACUCCUACAUAUCCGGGAAGAAGCCGUUCAUCUUCGCUGCGGCGUCCAUCGACACCCCUAUCUUCCCAUAUCCCUUGGCCUCAUCAUGAGCCUGGUCACUUUGGCCAUGAACGUAGACCUAGCCGUGCCAGCUUCGGACCUUCUGAGGAUGGCAGGGGCACCCUCCCUCUUCCUGGCGUUCCCCGUUCCCCAGCUCCUCGCUUGCCUGAGCGGUCGGCGAGUUUGCCUCGUGCAUUUCCAGGCUGGCAGCCGCAUCUAAGCAUGAUGCAACAACUGCGUGGGAGCUCCCGUCCACCUUCAAGAGGGGCGACUUUGCCUCGCCAACUUCCGGGGCAGCAGGGAGAUUGGCCAGUGCCCGGGAGCGCUCGCCCAAUGGGUCGGUCACAGACCUUGCCUCCUCAGCGUCCGGGGCAGCAGCAGCCUCAGGGUAUAACACAGCCGAUACCCCGGAGCUCUCACCCAACGGAUGGGUCACAUAGUUUGCCGCGGACACUUCCAGGGCAGCAGCAACCUCAGAUAGAUAUGCAACAACUGUCCGAAGGCUCUCGUCCAACCGAAAGGGCGGCAACUUUGCCUACGCAACAUCCAGGGCAGCAGCAACAUCGGAGCUCAAUGUUGCCAGUGCUGGGAGGCCCUCACACACCCCGCCCAACACCAGUCAAACCCCCGCGCAAGUCGAAGAAAGGGCCUCAGGCAGAUACCCCCCAAGCUGUUUCUCCACCGCAGGAACCGCAAACACACCCAGCGGCUGCUCCUACAGGCAUCCAAACGCCUUCAGCUGGUGACACUUCAUCUUUACCUGCAACACUCCCGGCAACGAGCGAUGGACAUCCUGCUGAGGACGGUGCUGCAUCGGGAGGAGACGGCGCCCCGUCAGAGCGAAAAGAACCCCCGCCCCCACCACCAGGAGAUGGCCAACAGCCACCAGGGGAUUCACCUCCGCCUCCACCACCUGGAGGCAAGCCUACGCCACCUGGCGAGGACCCUCCCCCACCAGAGCGGCCUCCAAAAAAGGACAAACCGGCCGCCACGGAAGAUACGGAGUUAGAGAAAAAGCUGAAAGACUUGUCCAUGAGAAUGACGACUUUUUCAGCGUCUGCUGGGCCGGUAUCCACUGCAGCAAAGACGGAUCGCUUCACCCACCCCUUGGCAGAGAAUACGCUCAAGGAAGGUCUCCAACUCUUCGAAGAAGCCGAACAAGUCACUUCGACUGUGUCGGGUUUCUCUCCCACCCUGAGGAAGGUUUUAGAGCAGAAAGUAGAGUGUCUAAAGCUGUGUAUGAGCCUCCACGGAAGCGUCUCGCCAACGUGGGCGGCUAACCUCCGUGCGAAACAUCAAGUCCUAGGAUCGGCGACACGAAACGCGCAAGACCUAAGGCAACGCUCUCGCGGAAGGCACCCAACUGGCAAUCAUAUGGGUUUGGUAGAGCACCUACAUUCACUUGUAGGGGAGUCAAUGGGGCUAGUUGAAGACUUAACUCUUUUGAAUAGGGGUCCUGUGAGCUCUCCUGAGAUUUCAACUCUUGUCCGAGAACUCAGUGCAGCGGCUUCUGAAGGGCGUGUGGAAGUCACCCUGGGAGUACAGUUUUGCGCGUCCGAGUUCACUGCAGCGCUUGAGAAAGGAACGGGAGGGGCUGAUUUGUUACAGCAAGCAAUCAAUGCUCACAGCCGGUUGAGUACACUAAUGAGUGAUGCACAAGAGGUCAGUGACCUAGAAAAAGCGAUUACGUCGAAAGGUGGUACGAUCAGCAAGUCGUAA